AUGCUUACAGAUCUUCAAAUACAAAUGGCCCAAGAACUGUUGCAUCGCCAAUUUCCUUAUAUCGAGGGGCUGCUGUCUCCAACAAUUGGGAAGGCAGAACAGUUUCCAGUGAUGCGGAACAGCUUCAUUCAAGUGCUACACACUGGUGGUAAUCACUGGGUUUGUGUCAGUAAUAUUGGAUGCAGCCACAACAACCAAGUGAAACUCUAUGACAGUCUUUAUAGUGGAAUUGCGCCAUUCACCAGAGAGCAGAUUGGUGCCCUUCUUUUCAACCAAGACAGCAAUGUUAUUGAAAUUUGUGUCCCUCCUGUUGACCAGCAAACAAAUGGGACAGACUGUGGAGUUUUUGUGAUUGCAUUUGCCACAGCACUCUGCCAUAAUAUGGACCCCACAUCACUUAAGUUCAACAGGCGGGCAAUAAGGGCACAUCUCUUAGAUUCCCUUAAAAAUGGAUACAUUGGUAUAUUCCCCUUUGAGGAAAAAUCAAGCAUUGGUUAUGAAGAGACUGUUGCCAUGCCAGUGUACUGUGACUGCCGCCUCCCAUACAAUCCAACCAAAGACCAGAUGGCAGAAUGCACCAAUUGCAAGAAGUGGUUCCAUCAAGCUUGCCAAAAAAUUCCUGACAAAGUUUUCAAGUAUAAAAGGUUUCAAUGGAAGUGCAAUAACUGCCAAAUUGCUUAG